AUGCUCACGACCUCCAUUGCCGUCCGGCAUGUCACUCUGACGAUGAAACCUGCACUGAGCACGAAGCACCCUACACUGCUACAGCUGGCGCAGGAGGUGCGUCAGCUGGGCUCCGAACGCCAGCGGGUGCAGGAGCUCAGGCUGCGCCUGUCCCAGGAGGCCGACCUCAUGGAGCGGGAGAAGGUGGCUUGGGCAACCCGCAAGGCGAGUGCCGACGCGGCCGCCCAGGCUGAGCUGGCGGAGCAGAUGCGGCGGCUGGAGCGAGAGCGGCGUGUGCUGGAGAAGCAGGGCCGGGCGCUGCUGAAGCUGCCCACCAGGCGGCAGAAGGCCGAGGUGGCAGAGAUCCAGGAGGUCCUGGAGAAGGAGCGCCAGGAAAGGAGGGCGCGGGACGCGCGCCAUCGCCUCGUGGAGGAGCGGCUGAAGCGCCAGCUGGCCGAGGCGCAGGUGCGCGGGGAUGGGGUUGGGCCGAAACAGGUUGCUGAGGAGGGUGUACACGAUGCCCACAUGGUGCCUAGGGGUCAGUUGCCAAUCGCCUCGCCCUCCAGGAUCGGUGUGCCCGCCUGGAGGAAAUGA